GUGCGGAAGUAAAUCAGCUGCUGUCUUUCUCACGUGGUGAAAAUGGCCGCGAACGGGGAGAAACAGCAGGGUCACAGACCCGGCGUGUAUAAACAGAAAAAUAAAGGACACAAACAUGGCAAGCACCGGACGAAAGGUGAAAUUGAGAGAGAAAACAAAGGAAGAGUGUCAGUGACGGCUCUUACCAAAAAACAGAGGAAGGAACAAAAGAAGAUGGACAGAAGACACAAAGCCAACCAGCUACGUAAAAACAAGAAAGACAUGGUCUUGACAGAAAAACGACGUCUUGGCAGCAGGGACGGUCCUCCUCAUUUAGCUGCUGUGGUGUCCCUGCAUGCUGCAGUCGAUGCUGGUGCUAUUACCAAACUGCUGCGUGGAGAAUGUGCUGGUGGCGUCGUGCAUCUCGAGCGAUGUGUCAGUGGUGUCAGUGACAGUUUUGGGCUGAUUCUGCCUCGUUUUAAACAACGGUUCACCUUUCUGAACCAAAGCACCGCUGAUGUGCACUCCCUACUGGACGUGGCAAAGAUUGCAGAUAGCCUUGUAUUUGUGCUGGACUCUACUGAAGGUUGGGACAGCUAUGGAGAAUACUGCCUCUCCUGCCUCUUUGCCCAGGGCCUCCCCAGCCAUGCACUGGUGUGUCAGGGUGUGUCUGACCUUCCCGUGAAGAAGAGGGUUGAGUCCAGAAGAGCUUUGUCAAAAAUCACAGAGGUCCGUUUCCCUGAUGCCCGUCUCUUCCCUCUGGACUCGGAACAAGAUGCCACUCUGCUUCUCAGACACCUAGGCAGUCAGAGACAGAGGAAGCUGGGUUUCCGCUCCAGACGCUCCCAUCUUUUAGCUCAGAAUGUCACAUUCACACCUAACAGUCCUGCUGAGGGGGCAGGUGGUGGAAACACCGGCCUAGGAACCCUCUGUGUCUCUGGGUAUGUCCGUGGUCGUCCUCUACGGGUCGACAGACUGGUGCACAUCAGUGGACACGGAGACUUUCAGCUCAGCCAGAUCGAUGCUCCGUCAGACCCUCUUCCCCUCAACUUAACAGCAGCCAGACCAGUUAAACCUGGCAAGGGAGGAGACGUUGACAUGCUGGAUGGAGGUGAGGAUGACGCUCCAGUGCGGGUGCUGAUGAAAGCAGACCCGUCCUGCAGGGAGAGUCUGCAGGCCGAGGCUGAGGUGGAUCCAAUGGAUGGAGAGCAGACGUGGCCGACAGAAACAGAGUUGCUGGAAGCUGAGGGUGCAAAAACAGAAUUGACAUAUAACAUAUUGAGAUGUUACACUUGGAAAAAGGCCAGGAAGAACAAACGUGUGAUGAAGGUACCUAAAGGAACGUCCGAUUAUCAGGCCACGUGGAUUGUCGAUGAUAAUGAUGAGGAGGAUGGUGACCUGGACGAAGAAAGCAGCGAUGAUGAUGGUGACGACAUGAUGGAUGAAGCCAUGGAGGGAGACGAUGAUGAGAAUAACUCUCAGGAUCCUGGUUCAUGCUGUGCCUCAGAUGAGGAAGAAGAUGAGGAGGAGGAAGAGGUGUGCUCCACAGAGCGAGCUGGAGCAGACCAGCGCUACGACGAACACAUGGACGAAGCUGCAGAGGAGGAAGGCCUGAAACGUUACCGCGAGGCUCGAUCCAAUGAGAUGUUUCCUGACGAGGUGGACACACCCCUCAACGCUGCUGCUAGAAUCAGGUUCCAGCGCUACAGGGGCCUGAAAAGUUUCCGCUCUUCGCCCUGGGAUCCCAUGGAGAACUUGCCUCUUAACUAUUCACGCAUCUUCCAGUUUCAAAGCUUUGAACGCACUCGCAACCGCGUACUGGCCGAGGCUGCAGCUGAGGAGGAGGGAGCCAUGGAUGGGUGGUAUGUUACACUGCACAUCGUUGAUGUACCUUUCUCUGUGAUGGAGAGUGUCCAGUCAGGAAAACCUCUUGUACUGGUGUCUCUCUUGCCCUAUGAACAGAAGAUGUCAGUGAUGCAUGUUUUGGUACGAAGACACCCCAGUAACAUGGAGCCAAUCAAAUCUAAAGAGGAGCUGGUGUUCCACUGUGGAUUUAGGAGAUUCAGGGCCUCUCCUAUCUUCUCUCAGCACACAUCAGCUGACAAGCACAAGAUGGAGCGCUUCCUCAGGCCAGAUGCCCCUACUGUGGUGUCGGUGUACGCUCCCAUCACCUUCCCCCCUGCAGGCAUCCUGCUCUUCAAACAAAGGAAUGAUGGCAUUCAGGACCUGGUGGCUACUGGCAGUCUGCUCAGCUGCGACCCUCAGCGCGUUGUGCUGAAGAGGAUUGUACUGAGCGGACACCCGUUUAAAAUUAACAGGCGGUCUGCGGUGGUCCGAUACAUGUUCUUUAACAGGGAUGAUAUCAUGUGGUUUAAACCAGUGGAACUGCGAACAAAAUGGGGUCGCAGAGGCCAUAUCAAGGAGGCUUUAGGAACACACGGUCACAUGAAGUGUGUGUUUGACAACCAGCUGCGCUCUCAAGACACUGUCCUGAUGAACUUGUACAAGAGGUUGUAUCCUCGCUGGACAUAUGAUCCCUACGUGCCCUUGCCUUUACCAUGGGUCAAGAGAGAGUGCAAUGUGGAAAUGGACGACUCGGAAAUGGAGUAGUGGAAGGACAACAUGCUGUAGCAAUGAAAGGUGGACACAGGACAUGUUUUACCACAAAUACUCACCAUCAGCAUGGUCACAUGACACUUUCAAAAAAUGUAGUGUGUAUUAAAUAAAACAAUUUUCGAUUCAAAGUA